UACUUCCUGCAUAUACCAUUUGAUCAUAAUAAGAAACUUUAAUACAAUGGCAAGUCCUUUAAGACUUGUUCUAGUGCUAAUCUUCAUAUCCAUUACAUUUUCCAUAUCUAAAGGCGAUGAAUCAUCUGAAGACGGAGACGAAUACGUGAGAUCAGCGUGCAGUGUUACUAGAUAUCAAGAUAUCUGUAUCCGUUCGCUAGAAUCUUAUUCUAAUACAGCAAAAUACGAUUCCCGGAAAUGGGCUCAAGCAGCUGUGGCUGUAACACUGGAGGAAGCUAAAAACGUGACACAUUACUUGAAAAAGUUGAAACAAAAGAAGAGUAUCAGAAAGAGAAGGCAGAGAAUAGAUCUUUCCGAGUGUAUAGACUGUUUUGAAGAGACGGUCGAAAACCUUCAGGAUUCUCUCCAUGAACUCCGGAAACUGGACAGGAAGACGUUCGACGUGCAAAUGGGAGACAUCCAGACGUGGAUGAGUUCUGCAUUAACUUAUGAAGAUACUUGUAUUGAUGGGUUUGAAAAUAGAAAGGGGAAACAAGUUAAGAUACUUCAUAAUAAGAUUUUGAAACUCUCAUAUAUCACUAGUAAUGCAUUAGCUCUUGUUAGUAAGCUUGCAUCUGCUGGUGACGAAAUAAAUGCUUAAAAAACCAAGUGUUGAUUACUGGUGCACGUAUGCUUGUUAGGGGUUUGGCCAUUAUUGAGUUAGUUUGUAUAUUGUGGCAUGAUGAGGGGGGUACAACAUAUCAAGUGUGCAGUAGGUGGAGUGUAUGUAUAUUAAUAUAAUGCCGUUUAUAAUUUUUGUGUAUUGAUAAUCAAAAUGUUAAACCCAGUGUGUACGAGAAUAAGCCAAUAUUGAUGUUGCUGUAAAGAUGUAUGUAAAAUUUAUAAUGGACGACAUUUUAGCAUUUUACCGGAGUCUGCCGGUAGCUCUACUC